UUCCAUGGCAGCGAUUUUCUAAACAAAAACUUUUCUAAUGAUUAGGUAGGCGCACACUGAAAAACAGCAGUUAAUACAAUUAAGAUAAUAAUUUCAUACUUUUCUAUGACUGACUAAUCCUUUUUUUAGUUUCCUAGGUUUAUUAACUCAUUACAUUAUUUUCAUAUAGUUUUCUUAUGAUUGUCUUCGAUUACCAAGGUGUUAACUAAAACAAGAAGCUGAAUCAAAAUUAACCGUUAGGGCCAAUCCGGGCUAUUCUCUAAUAAUUAUUUCCGAUAAUGAACUUUAACAUGGAUGAUCCACUAGCAGGAAUCCUGAGUGACGGCAGUGAUGAUAGUUUUUUUGAUGACGAUAUUUUGGGCAAGAAAAAGCCUGCAAAGAAAGCGAAUCCUAGAGCAACAGAAAAUAAAAAUGCUUUAUUUGAAAUAGAACAAGCAGGCAAGCCUGCUACAAAACUGAAGCCCGAUAUUGCCACUAAAGAUGUAUCAUUGGAGUUCAGCAAAGAAGACGCGAGGGAAACAAAAUUAAAUACAACAUCACCCGGUCCUACGAAACGCGUUUCAAAAGAUUCGUUCAAAUUGCAGCCUCUUGAGACAAAAACAAAAACUAGUGAGUUUACUCCUAAAUCACCAGCAAAGGCGACUGCUUUGAAUAUUUUAGAUUUAUUGGACGAACCAAAGAAUGACAGAGUGGCACCAGAGAAGGGCAAGAGUAGCCAAUCUCUCUUAGAUGAUAUUUUGGGAGGUCCAACAUCAAAAUCGUCUAACGUUACAAAAAAUCGACCAGCGACCACUGUAAAUACCAACUUCGAUCUAGAUACGUUUCUAGGGAACGAAGAUACAAAGCCACCUUCUAACAAGGGUGUUCUUAAAAAGCCAAAUAAAACCGAUAAUCCUAAAAAAGAAAGCCAGUUAAAACCAAAAGUGGGUGCAGAUUGGCUCGGAGUAUUUCAAGAGGAUACUGAAGUAGAUGGGGAUGAUGGAGACAUGCCUGCUUGGUUAGUUGGGGGAGAUAAAAAGAAAAAAACUGAAAAGAAACCGAAAGACGAUAUAGAGAAGAAAGAAGUAAAAGAAGAGAGUAAUGUAGAAAACAAAACCGAACAUCAUUUAGAAUCAGAGAAACCUAGAGCCGUUCUUGCAGAAAAAUCAUCAGACUUAUCACCACCGACUAUAAUUCAAGCUAAUAAUGAGGACAUUACAGCUGAAGGGGCAACUCUGUUUUUAAAACAGCAAGACUCUCAGCUAAUGUUGGCUUUGCAGCUGAAAGCACAGGAAGAGAAGCUUGCCGCCAUACAAUUGCGUCAACAAGAAAGCCAGAGGGUGCAAAAACAAGCCGCGAUGGCUCACCACGCACAGUUGAAUGCUAUGUUGCAGAAGCAAGCAGAGAACAGAUCACAAAUGCAAACUAUCAUAAAUGCUCAUCAAGAACGCAUAAACCAGAGGAUAAAGGCCCUCUUAGGAACUCAGAAUACGAUCGAUGAAGAGGGACACGCUGAUGGAGCUUUCGAAAUGAAUGUCGGUGACGGUAAAGAAACGCCUCAACGUAAGGAAAACAAACAGCUUUUGCAAUUGAUUCAGUCUCUGCAGGAGAAUCACGAUAAAGAAAUUGAUUUGAUGGAAACGUCUUAUAGGCGCCAACUAGCGUUCUUGGAGCUAUCGGUGCAUCAAUCUGAAGAGCGAAUGAAGGAGGAAAGCGAUAAACUGGUUAAGUUCUAUUCGGAGAAGAUCGGCUGGCUAGAGGAACAUCACUUGCUAUUCAAGAAGAUGACUGAGGAUAAUUUGAGUGCGUUAACCGAUAGGCAUAAAGCUGAAAACGACAUGCUGAGACAUCAGCAUUUGGACAACGUAAGGAUCUUGCAGGAACACCACGCCGCCCUUAUGGAAAAUAUCAAGAAUGCCGUGAAGCAGGAGCAGAUCCUUAUUAAGGAUUCUGUUUCGUUCUCGUCUGAUUUAAGUGAUUUAGUGGCGGAAGUCAGGGAGACUAAAACGAACUGUCAAUUACUUGUUAAUAAAGUUGAAACUUUUUCUGAAGCCAAUCGCCAUGAUACCGAAAAGAGCUUGCAAACUAGAGAGACUCAGAUUAACGAUAUGAUACAACACUUGAAAAGGGAGCGGGAAAAUUUCGAUAUUGAAAAGAAUGAAAGCCGAGAUAUUGUUAGAAUGUUGGAAGCAAGACUAAAACAAAUGACGGCGACGCUUGAAGAAGAAACGGCAUUAUUAAAACAGAAAAGAAUGGAAUUUGAAUUUGAGAAAGCGACAUUCAAUAAGCAAACAGAAUUCGCUAAGAACGUUCUGAAGAAACAAGACGACGAAAUAAAAACGCUCAGGGAAGACAUCCAAAAAGAAUACCAGGAGAAGAUCGCGAAGAUAGACGAUGAAAAGGUUAAGACGUUAAAAGAUAGUAGCGCGGUAGCAAAAGAUAAGGCAGCCGUGCAGAGUUUAAAACAAGAACUUGAGAAAAUGAAAGCGGAACUGCAAGCGCAACUUGAAGAACUGACUGAGGAGAGAACUAAGUUGAAUGUUGAAAAGCAACAAGUGCACAUGGAGGAACAGAGAACAGUUGCCAAAAGUCGUGAUCUGGACUUGCUAGCCAAAACGGCGAUUGAGAAACAGUCCCAAGCCGACAAGAAGUAUUCUGAGGCGGAGUUCUUACAGAGAAAAUACGAGGAGCGAAUACGGAGGAUACAUGAGCAUGUGGUUUCGCUGAACGCUCGCGAGAAGCAGAUCGCCAGAGAGAAGGUGGCUCUGUCCAGAGAAAGGCUGAACUUGCACAACGAGAGGAGGCAGAUCGAGGGAAAGCAGUGUUCUCUGUGCAAAUCCACCCAAAACUUACCUUUCAGUUUGGAAACUAACUAUAACGUGCCAGAUUCGUACCUUAAUGUAUCGGUUUCGAGGGAUCCAACGAAGCCCAACGUGAGCUCGGCCAUGAACGCCAUCGAACAAGAGAUGGCCCAUUUGAUGAGUGCUAAUUUUAGUUUAAGACACACUCCCGGUGUUAGUGACGUAAGUGAAGUUAAUAGGUUUGUUGGGGGCGAAGCUCUCGAUGGUACAAUACAAAACGCUGAAUCUCAAUUGGGAUCUGGAGCUUUUAAGGAUUACAUGGACCCCAAGUUCAUGAUGUUACGUUUGGACGUUCAGAAAGUAUUGAGUAAUAUUGAUCAAAGUAAAAAUGGCGAUAUUAAAUACGGUCAUUCCGAUGAAGACUAAAUGUGUGUUCAAUGUAUAAACAAAAUAAAAGACUGAAUUUUAUGUGUAUGUUAAUUCAUUUAAUUCCACUCUGAUGUUACAGAAUGUAUUUUUUGUUUGUUUAUUAUUUAUUCAAUAUGUUAUCAAAAUGUACACAAACUUAACUAUAACUACAUGCUACUAAAGAUUUUUUUAAAUAUCUCAUUGUAAAAAUAUAGGUACAGUUUUUUUUUAAAUUAUAUUCUACACUAUAGUUGUAGUCAAAAUGCACAACUUUGAUUCCUUUGGCCUAUUAUUAUUUGUCCGAUUGUUCAGCAAAUCCGAUCCGAUCGAAUACAAUUACGAGCGAAUUUAUAAAAUUUAUUUUUAAGUUGACGUAAUUACAUUUCUGAUGGGCAUAUCUAUUUUUCUUCUUUUAAUGUUUUUUAAAUGCUUCGUUUAUAGAUAGAAUAGACAAUUUUUUUUAAAUAAUAAAUUUAAAAACAUUUCAUAUAAUUAGAAUGUACUUUUGGGUUCGAUUGGAACGAAUUCUUUCUGCACCCGGACGAUUAAUUGUAUCUACAUAGUUUAAUAUUUUUUUGUU